CUUCACUUGCACAAGAAGCAGAAGAUGGAUAACUAGGACACAUGCACGCAGAUUCAAACUUCUUUAUUAUAUAUAUUUGAGUUAAAAUCGUGUUUUCUUGUGGAGAGCUGACCAACCUGAGCAUAAGAGUCAAACGCAACAACCGCUAACCUUGGAUAAAUUGGGACAGUAGAGAUGCCUAAAAGCGAUACCUGGCCAGGUGGCAUUGGAUUGGAGACCAGCAUGGACAGCGCUGGCAGCUGUGACAGCGUUGUCAGCACCAACUCUAUCUUUAGUGACGAUAGUCUGGAGCACCUCUCUGCUGAAGAGAAGGCCUGCCUCAUGUUUUUGGAGGAGACCAUAGAUUCUCUGGACACUGAGGAGGAUAGCGGAAUGUCUAAUGACGAACCGGACCAGCUGCCCAGCGUGGGCAACCUUGCUUCCAAACUGGCUGACCUGUCGGCUUCCAUGAGCAAAACCAAGCUCAACAGUUCGCAGCAACAAGACCUUACGGAGAAUGUUGACAGCAAACCCAUGCACAGCUACCUGGUUCCUACGCCAUUUGCUAUCGCUAGCAGCUCUCCAAGUUCCAUACCAAAUGCAAAGGCAGGUUUCCCUCCUGACAAAACCCCCAGCUCUAAGUCUCAGUUCACUCCUUCGAGCAACAAACCGGAUCACAAACACAAGCAGAAACCUGUCAACCACCAUGUUUCUUUCAACGCUAAUGUUGUGAUACCUCCUGCCACCAAACCCAAGGAAUUGGUUGGAUGUUUACCCAGAGGUCCCCUGUCCUAUGACGCACUGGUUUAUCUGCAGAGGAGUGCCUCAACGAAGAAGACGCCUCUCUGUCCCACAAUUGAUCAUACAAUAGACGUGAACAAGCACCUUCCUGUCGCAGAGGAAGGCCCAAACUUUGGAAAAAUACCAAGAUCUGACAGAUUUAACUCAGAGGCUUUUAAGUCCAAGACAGACCCUCCGGUUGUGGCCCCAAAACCCAAAGAGAUAACAGCCAAGAAAUCUGUAAAAACACCAAAUAAAGCAGAGGUUUCGUACAUCAUAAAGAAUGCAAAGGACCCCAAGGUGGUCAGACUGGAGGCUUUGGAGAAGCUUGGUCUCCUGAAAGAUGAACAGCCGGAAGAUGAGAUAGUAGCCCCACUGCCUCCCACUAAAUCUCCCUCCUCUCUGGACCUGACGACCAGCAGAUUCACAAUAGGUCCAUAUAAUGUUAACCCAUCACGGAGCCCAUCGUUUUCCUUCCCUGCAGUGCCUACAGAGCCCAAGAACAAGCCUCUGCAGAGCAGUGCCAGCUUCCAUCACUGCUCCAGACGGGACCAGCUGCCUGCGUCUGCAUCACACUCCGCUCCACCCAGCGGACUGAAGGCAGCUAGCCUAAAGCACACUGCUACACGGGACCACCACAAAAACGCUGAAAGCGCACAGCCUGUACCCCACAAACCCCCCAACUCAGUGGGAUAUACGGUAAUGGUUGUGCCCGGGAUGGGAGUUGAUCGAAAGGAAGCACUCAGAAAGCUUGGACUGCUCAAAGACUAAAUCAGGUAAACAGCAGAAAUCUGUCUGAGUCAAUGCAGUGAGCAGAGCUCAAGAGUACCAGCAGCUUUAAGAGAUUAGAGCAUCGAGUGGAAACUUGGCACUUGGUACUUUGGCAGACUUUUGGAGUCGAGCAGUAGAGAGGAUCAAGAAGAGGGAGAUCCAAAGGGCAAGAUCAGAUCUUUUAAUACAAGUUGCAAUACCGCGGACUGGAUUGAGGUACAUGAGGUUAGUUUUUUUCUCCAUUACUGUUCUUUUGUAGGUUUCAAUCUAUAAAAUGCAGCUUAAAUUCUUUAAGGCUGUACAUGUGGAUUAAAUGGUAUAUUGAUAUAACACCAUCUAAUCAGGAAUUCUUAUUGUGUUUUUUAAACACAUUUCAGUUAAAUGUGUUUUUUUUAAGACCCACACCUGAUCAGCCUUAGAUUACACAUGAAUGGAGUGUUUAAUACUAAUUUCCAUACAGUAUGCACCAGAAAUGUAUGGCUGUUAGAAAGUAUUUGUCCUGAUUUACCAAGAGAAUAACAAUAUAUACUGUAGGUAACCUAUUUUGCACAUGAAAUCAUUGUACGGGCCAUAUUAUGGCUCUCCAUUAUAUUGCACAUAAUAUGCUGCUCCUCUGCACUUGUACGUACAGUAAAGAGUAAACAUCAACCCAAAUCAACUGAAUUGUGUACACGUUUGAUUGUUUUACAAUUCCUGGUUGUGCCUAUAAGUAGAUUGUUGAGAACACUCAUUGGAGCAAAUCCUUAAAGAUAUUAAUUAUUUUUAAAAAAGGUUUUGAAAAUGUUUUGGGUUGUUUUGUUUUCCAACCUUUAAAACAUAUCAGCAGUACAUCCUAUGAAUCAAGCUCCUGAUUUGUUUCUAUUUUUACAGCAUGUAUGGUGUAGAUGGUUUUUAAUGUCCCUGCCUUUAUUGUCUAAAUACUGGAUGAGUUCAACCAGAAUGGAAAAAAGUGAUUAUGUGAUUUUUUACCAUUUCCAGGAA